AUGGCUCCUAGGCCUGAGCUGAAAAAUGCCCAGAAGAACCCCAACACAUACAUCGAAGGGGCAGGGGUCCACAGCACCCUGUCUGACCCCAAAGCGCGUGAUGCUCUUUGCACAGAAGACAGCGGAGCCUCUGCCACCAAGAUGGAGAUGCUACCGUCCUACUCCACCAUGGCACUCAUAGAUGACCCCCCAGAGACGGACCCCUGGGACCUGCCUGAGCUGCAGGACACGGGGCCCAAAUGGUCAGAGCAAGAUGCCAGAGGCAAGCUUCUCUGUGUCUUCCAAGGAAUUGGGAAGUUCAUUUUGCUCCUGGGAUUUCUCUACUUGUUCAUGUGCUCCUUGGAUGUCCUCAGCAGCGCCUUCCAGCUGGUGGGAGGAAAGGUGACCAAAAAGUUCUUCCGUAACAACUUGAUCCUGUCCAACCCCAUGAGAGGGCUGGGGAUCGGGGAGCUGGUGACUUCCCCGAUACAGAGCUCCAGCACCUCCUCAUCUCUAAUCAUCAGCAUGGUGGCCUCAUCCAUGCUGACUGUGCGGGCCGCCAUCCCCAUCAUUAUGGGGGCCAGCAUUGGUACCUGCAUCACCAAUACCAUCGUGGCACUCAUGCAGGCCAAGGAUCGCAAUGAGUUCAAAAGGGCUUUUGUAGGAGCUGCGCUUGAUGACUUCUUCAGCAGUCUCACUGUGUUGGUGUUGCUGCCCCUGGAGGCCACCACCCAUUUUCUGGAGAUCUUAUCUCACCUGGUGUUGGAGACCCCAAACCGCCUGAAAGUGAUCAUAGAACCCUUCACAAAGCUCAUUAUUCAGUUGGAUAAAAACGUUAUCAAUGAAAUCACAUUUAAUGAUAAAGAAGCCCCAAAGAAGAGUCUGGUUAAGAUUUGGUGCAAAACUUCUACCAACACAACCCAAAUGAAUGUCACUGUGCCCUUACCCGAGAACUGCACCUCCCCUGCCUUCUGUUGGACCAAUGGUUUUCACACCUGGACCUUCAAGAAUGUAACUUACCAGGAGAACAUUGAGAAAUGUCAUCACAUCUUUGCGAAUUUGAACCUCCCGGAUCUGGCUGUUGGCAUCAUCCUGGUGAUUCUCUCCUUACUGGUCCUCUGUGGCUGCCUCAUCCUGAUAGUUAAGAUCCUAAGCUCUGUACUCAAGGGGCAGGUGGCUGUUGCUUUGAAAAGCCUCAAUACAGAUUUGCCUUUUCUGUUCAGCUGGAUGACUGGCUACCUGGCCAUCCUUGUGGGGGCAAUCCCUCCCUGAAAAUGAAGUCUGACUUUCCUUAUGCAGAGUAGUUCCAUGUUCACAUCUGCUAUGACACCGCUGAUAGGACUCGGCGUUAUAUCCAUUGAGAGGGCAUAUUCACUCACGUUGGGCUCCAGCAUUGCCUCCAUCACCACCACAAUACUGGCUGCCCUGGCUAGCCCAGGCAACACUCUAAGGAGCUCACUCCAGAUUGCCCUGUGUCACUUUUUCUUCUACAUCUUUGGCUUCUUGCUGUGGUACCCCAUCCCAUUCACCCGCCUGCCCAUUCAUCUGGCCAAAGGACUGGGCAACAUCUCCGCCCAGUACCACUGGUUUGCAGUUGUCUACAUCAUCGUCUUCUUCUUCCUGAUCCCACUGGCUAUGUUUGGACUCUCCCUGACAUGCUGGCAGGUGCUGGCGGUCGUGGGGGUGCCCAUCUUCUUCAUGAUUGUGUUGGUGGGGGUCACUGGAUUCUUACAGUCCCGCUGCCCUGGGAUCCUGCCUAGGAAACUGCAGGACUGGGACUUUCUACCCCUCUGGCUGCAUUCACUGAAGCCCUGGGAUGAAGUGGUCUCUAGAUAUACCAGCUGCUUCCAGAGACAUGGCAAUAAGUGCUGUGACAAACAGGAGAAGAUGCAGAACUUCAAGUCCCCCAGGGGCAUGGAUAACUUGGCCAUGAGCAAAGAGGUUUCAGAUGAGACUCAUUUGUCUCAAAUGAAAAACCUGAACAUGAGUAACAUCUUGCAAUACACCGCUUUAUAA